AUGACACGAAAUAAAUCUGAGGAAGAAAUGGUAGACGAGCUCGGUAACCAGUUCUUGAACUAUGACGAAGAAGAAAGUGGUGCUACUGGUGUAGAAGGUAGUACUACAAAUAACGCUGAUAAAAAUACUGACUCAACGACUGCGGAUAAAGCGGAUCAAAAAGUUGCUGUAGAAAAAGACCAAACUGAGAAACAACCUGAAGAACAUUCAGGACAGGAGCCUGCUAACGGUGAUAGUUUUGGCGAAGAUGACUGUACCUGGGAGGCUGAAUCCAAUGUCUACGCGGAUGAUCUUGUUGAAGAAUAUUGGACGAAGAAAAAAGACGAGGAGGAAACUGCAUCAGCGUCAAAAACUAAGGGUAGAAAGAGAGCUGCCCAACCAUCAUCACCUAUUACGAAGCAAGAUUCCAAAAGACAACGAAGUUCAAAGAAAACAAAAUCGCCAAGAUCUAAGAUGGAAGAAGAUGAGUUUGAUGAAGAUUGGGAAAAUCAGGUUAUUGCAGUUGAAACUGUCACACGCGAUGAUAAAACCGGAGAAUUAUUG